UGCCUAGCUUUGCAGCAUUUGUGAGUCCUGCUUGUUUGUUUAAACUUUUUUUUCCUGAUUCUUGGAGAAACAUAAACCAACUGCCCCAAAAACUUAACCUUCGUUGGAUUUGUUUGCCUGAUUUCCUGGUUUUGACCCUUGCCUGCCUUGAACAAAGUAAAGCUGAACUUUCCUGUUACAUUGAUUGCUUUUGUUUCGUGCUUUGAGGUUCUAGUCCGCCACUUAUUCAGCCAUCAAAGCACGCCUAUGGCCAAAGCCAAAAGUGAGCAAAAAAUCCAAAGACAAGGCUCCAGUGGUGGAAACGACAGCCAAGAAGCCCCCGGCCUCCUCCGCCAUGUGUGCCAUCCCACAGCUGAGCGAAGCAGAGAGAAUUAGGCAGUCACCGUUUGAGAGGGUCGUCUAUGACAUGACCAACAACGAGAGGAUCGUGAACGACCUGAUGCUCGGUCGAAGAGUUGGCUUCUACGAGCUCCGUGGAGAGGUUGGGCAGGGAAAUUUCUCCAAAGUCAGGUUGGGCAUCCAUGCCUUGACGAAAGAGAGAGUCGCUAUUAAAAUUAUAGACAAGCCACGCGUGGAUAAGAGGAGCCAGCCGAUGAUUUCCUCAGAGAUCAGCUGCAUGGAGAAGCUGUGCCACCCCAACAUAGUACGACUGUAUGAGGUGAUGGAGACCAGCAGGAAGCUGUAUCUGGUGAUGGAGUACGGCAGCAGUGGAGACCUGUUCUCCCGAAUCACCACCAGGGGGAAGCUUGACGACCUGGAAACCAAGCUGGUCUUUGCACAAGUCAUUUGUGCUGUUAAACACAUGCAUGACAACAACAUCGUUCACCGAGACCUUAAGGCGGAGAACAUCUUCUACACCACUAACUACUGCAUCAAGGUCGGAGAUUUUGGCUUCAGCACAGAGAGCGGCCCUAAUGAGCUCCUCACCAACUUCUGUGGCUCACCACCAUACGCUGCUCCUGAACUGUUUAAGGAUAAAGGUUACAUUGGACGCUAUUCAGACACCUGGGCUUUAGGUAUUCUCUUGUACUUCAUGGUGACGGCCACUAUGCCCUUUUAUGGGGACAAACUGGGAAAGCUGAAGCGCUGCAUUCUUCAGGGGGCCUUCAGUAUCCCUCCUUAUGUGCCCGAACCAUGCCAGCUGGUCAUUAAGGGCAUGCUGCGGCCCGUGCCUGUUGAUCGCUCAUCUCUCACAGAGAUUACAAACAGUACUUGGCUGCAGGGGAUUGAGUACCCUCGUCCGUACGUCUUUUUGCCCCUGUCCCCGGCACACUUUGCCCAGGCCAGCCAGGCUCUGAGUGUGGAGGAGCAGGAGGUGAAGAGUUUGCUGUCAGAUCUGGGUAUUGUGACAGUUCAUUUCCAAAACAAUCCCUGCUUAGACUGUAGGAGCCCAUUGACUGGGACCUACCGAAUCCUUCUCCAUCGGGUCCAGAAGAGGAGGUCAGUGGAGGCUGUGGGUUAUUCAAUGCUUCACCCUGGUGAGUACGGGAGUCCAAAGAAGUGGUCCGUAUCACCUGUGAACAAACACAAUCCCUCGGCUGUUUGUGUUGUACUCUAAUGAGAAAUCACUGGACUGGACUUGCUUUAGUUGUGGUACUUUAUCACAUUCACAUGUGUCCACUAGCUCACUAACACUCCUUCAAUCAGUUCAGGCUCCCUAAAGUGAGGUGUCAUGUUACAUGUUGAGAAAUACUCAAGUUGUGUUGUGCAAUACUGAACUGAAAUGGCAAGCAAAUGGAGGUUGAGGUCAAAGUCGGAUGGUUCUUCUGUCCCACAGUGUAAGUCAAUUAUAUCUUACGGACUAGGGCACCUCUUUUAGGUGAUUAGUUAAGACUUUGUGUUCUGAUUAGAACAAAAUCUUACUGACGCACACCAUUCAUCAAUCAUUGUAUGGCUAUCAGCAUCUUCCAAUCCCUUUUAGACAGUGCAUAAAUCUACUGAACUAAUCCAGGGCUACAGAUAAUCCUAAAUCUUAAAAUAGACACUGAGAACAUGCAUGGGUAACAGAAAUUCUUCUUACAAAAUUAGGACCAACUGAGGCCAGAACAAAAGAAAAAAAUGUAAAACCAGUCUGCAGCCAACUUAAAUGUUUGUGUGUGUUUUGAACAACAACUGAUGCCUAAAAUGCCUUCAUUUAAUGUAGAUAUUUAAUUAAAAUGUAAUGUAAUAUUAUGCAAUUUUUC